AUGCCGGCGGUGACUGACAGGGCGGGCAGCGGCGGCGAGGGCAGGGGCAGCCGCAGCCGCAGUCUGGCCGCCGCCAUGGGCUCGCCCCGCCGGGCCCUCGCUGGCCUCUACGGGCAGGGAACGGGCAGCAUCGAGGGGGCGGAGGAGGCCGAGAGCGCGGCCUGGGCCUCUCGGCCCGACCGGCGCAGCUACCUGCUGGGCAUCCGGCCCCAGAACAGCUUAUCAAGCAGCAGAUUCUCUCCCUCCAGUUUAGGAAGAAAGCCCAGGUCUUCUGGAGCCUCUCUUGGUGAUGCUCCAACAGGGAGCACCUUCUGCGCAAUCAUUUCUCAGCUGACGGAGGAAACCCAGCCACUAUUUGAAACCACUAUCAAAUCCCGUUCUGUGUCCGAGGACGCUGAUGCUAAAUUCACGUGCAUAGUGACAGGAUACCCGCGGCCGGAGGUGACGUGGUAUAAGGAUGAUGAAGAGAUGGACCGCUACUGUGGCUUACCCAAGUAUGAGAUAUUCCGUCAUGGAAAUCGCCACACCCUGCAGCUGUACAAGUGCCGAGAAGAAGAUGCAGGCAUUUACCAGGCCUCAGCUAGAAAUAACAAAGGCAUCGUGUCCUGCUCUGGCGUGCUGGAAGUGGGAACCAUGACGGAGUUCAAAAUCCAUCAGAAGUGGUUUGACAAAAUUAAGAGAAAAGCUGAAGAAAAGUUGCGAGAGAUAGAACAGGGCAAGAAACGAGGGAAAGAAAAUGUGGAGGUGGAGAAGUUGCAGAGAAUGAGCCCCGAUCGGCUCCAGAGAAAGCGGAGGCUGGCCAGGGAUCUGAACCUCCGGUCAGCAGGCUCUCUGUGGGAGAACGAGGAUGCAGCAAAAGUGCACGUUGCCGAUUCUGAGUCCAGAUUACAUGAGGAUAUUGCUGAGCCGAAGGAGCAGUCGGUCAAUGCGAUGGCGGGCUUUCCAAACAAACUGAUAGCACCUUUGAAAGCGGAGGUGACCACCAAUGGAGAUACCUCUUUGGAAAGUGUGGAGGAGAACGGGAACAGCUUUCUUGCGUACAUCUACGAGACGGUGGAGGACCUCGCGACUAAGCCAGUGGUGAAAGACUCUGCAGCUAAAAAGAAAAAGAAGGUGGAGGCUCCUCCAGCAGCGAAGCAGGAAGUUUCCAAGCGAGAAGAAAGUGGGCGAGACAGGGCCAACCCCUCUCCAAAUCCAAGGUUUGCCCCUCCUGUCCCCUUACGGAGGAACGCACGUUUCAGGGCGGCAAAUGAUCAAGAAGCAGAAAACAGUCCAAAAAUCAAAGAGCCUGGGAAAGCUGUGAAUCAGGACACUAAAAUCAAUGGUGACGUGCACUUCUCUUUGAAAGAGAUGUAUUUUGAUAAGCAAGUGAAGCCGGCAGCAGGGAAGAAGGAGGUGGGAGCCAAGGAAGCGGCUGUGAGCGAGGCUGCCCGGCAGCCUGUGGCAGUCAGCAGACAGACGCAGGAUGCUCUGUUGUCCUCAGAGGUGUUGGAGGCAGGACCUGUGCCGUCCGAGGGACAGAGAGGCCAGCGCCGAGCACAGAAGUCGGAGGGAAACAAAGCCGUCCGUCCAGAGGUUGCAGCAGCAGUGGGACAGUCUGCUAGUGACCUAAAACAUGCAGUGUCCAGUCCAACCGUAGAGACCGGUCAGCAAGCCAAUAAGUUAGAGAAGCUCAGGAAAGAGAUGCCUGUCUGCCAGGAGACCAGGGGGGCCGGGAAAAGGACAAAUCCUCGGCUGAGGCCUCAGGAGCCACCAAAGCCACCAGCACCUUCUCCAGACCACGUGCAGUCCAGCAAGGAGCACCCUCCCUCUAGGAAGCAGGCAGAACGACAUUCCCGUGCUCUUGAGGGCAGAGAGACCCAACAAGGACUGUUAAAUCAAGAGGACAAAAACCAAGGUGAGGAAGAGCCAUUGCUAAAGAAAUCGAGUCCUCCAGAGCCUGGAGAAAACACUCCUUUUGAGCAAAUCACACAUCAGACAGCAGUCAAGGAUAGGAAGAGCAAAGAGGCAGGAGCAGAGCUGUCCAGGAGCCAUCCGGGUGCAGAGGCAGGAGGGGGUGGUGCAGCCAAGCCAUCUCCAGGGGCUGCACACAGGGAGGCGGGAGGGACACCAUUGGGACAUCAGGAGACUGAAACGCCAGCUCCUGCUUCAGUUCGACUUGCCAAGGAAAAGCCACUUCCUGCUCCUGCGGCUGGGACAUCGGUGGCUCGGGAGGCACUGCUUGCAGCUCAUGGUGCCCCAGGGAUGGAGGCCACAGCAGGAGAGGUCCUGUCUGGAGCCCAGCUCCUGCCUCCUGCGAGCAGAGAAAUGGAAAUCAAAAAGGCAGAUGGAUCUGCCCCGCAAGAGUUUUCAGCCAGCGUGUUAGGGGAGGAGGGUGCUAAACCAGUGCCUGUGGGACCUCAGGGGAAGGAAGGAGGAGAGCAAACAGCCACAGCUCUGCGCCAGGAACCGGCAGCACCUUCAGGCACUUUUGAAGGGGGUGCUGAGGUUCAGCCACAAGUACCACUGGUCCUGCCUAGCCCCGAGAUACCUCAGGAGAUGUCUUUGGAGGAGAAGAUGCAGCACAAAAACCUUAUUUCCUCCUUGAAGAACUAUCUGCUGCUGCUUUUAAAAAUGUCAGAUAGCAGUAAGGAUGCCACGAAAGAAGACACUGACCCCAGCGACAAGGAGCAGCCCGAUGCAGAGGAAGUCAUGCUCCCAGAGAUAGGCAUUGCAGGCCUGAGCCCCCGCACUUCAAGGAGAGUUUUGGAAAAGGUACAAAACAAUCAGCUCUUCCAGACAGCAGAGAACUUGCCUCUGACCCCCAGGACAUCCAGGCGGAUCACGGGCAUGAUUAACGAGGAAUUCAUUACCAGCAAGGAGAUGCUGGCUUGCAGGCCUGUGCCGCCAAAGAGACGCACCCGGGUUGCUCCCGAGGCAGAGGGGCCACCCCAGCUCUCUGUGCCCUCCAUCGUGGUGGGCAGCCUGCCAGCAGCAGGAGUGGGGCAGCCUCCUAAUAAUAUUUCCGAUUUGCCUCCAGUGAGCCCUGAAAAAGAGAGCCCUGUUGACCCUCUGGCAGUGCUACCUUGUGCCACGCCAGAGGAGCUUGCUUCUGGGGCCCGGCGCAAAAUAUACCUGCCAAAAACCAAGCAGGUCGGAGAGGAAGAGGAGUCAACCCCAGAGAGCCCAGGGCACGUGAGAAGUCCUACUGUUUCGCCACGGCAAUCCAGGAAGAACACGGCCCUGUUGCAGUCGCCUGCCCUGGCUCCGUCCCCUCCCGCAGAGCAGCGCUCACCAACCCUCACGAAGAAGAUGGCCACGUUGGAGGUUCCCAAGCUGUAUGAGGAGUCCACAGGUGACAGCAGUGGUGACCACGAGGUCCCUGAAGAUGCUAAGCCAGAAGCACAGCCAGCAGAGUCCAAGAAAACAAAUAACCCAUUUAAAGCUCCACAGGUGAUUCGUAAGAUCAGGGCAGAACAAUUUUCUGAUGCAUCAGGAAACCUGAAACUUUGGUGCCAGUUCUUCAAUAUUUUGAGUGACUCUAAGCUGAUGUGGUACAAGGACGAGAUCCCUGUAGCAGAAGCCCAAAGGAGUGCUGGCGACGAGGGCCAGGCAGCCUUGGCUGUCGUGCAGGCAUCCCAGAAGGACUGCGGGGUCUACCGGUGUGUGAUCAGCAAUGAGUACGGCACUGACUCCACCGAUUUCCUGCUCAGUCCAGAAGUGCUGUCAGGAUUUAUCUUGCGGGAAGAGAUCGAAGUUGGAGAGGAGAUCGAGAUGACGCCCAUGGUGUUCGCGAAGGGUUUGGCUGACGCAGGCUACUGGGGGGAUAAGCUCUUCGGGCGCGUGGUGAGCGAGGACGUGGAAGUGGGUGCCGGUUUCCUGCGCAAAGCCUGCCGUGCCAGAGCCAUCUACGGCCUGGAGCCCGUCUUUGAGUCCGGCCGCACCUGUGUCAUCAAAGUGCACAAUUUCAUUGUCUUUGGGACCAAGAAUGAGAACAGUCUCAUCGAGAAGAACUACGAUAUCACCAUCCAGGAAUGUAAAAUCCAGAACUCCAGCCGUGAGUACUGCAAGAUCUUUGCCGCUGAGGCACGAGCCGUCCCUGAUUUUGGAGCGGUGCCGGAGAUAAUUCCUCUGUACCUGAUUUACCGACCAGCGAACAACAUCCCUUAUGCCACGAUGGAGGAGGACCUGGGUGGGCCCUGCGAGCAGUACUGUGUCACCGAGAGAGAUGGCAGCUUGGUGGCACGAGGCACCUCGGAGAUCGUGCUCAAAUGCUGCACCUUCCAGCAUUGGGUCUACCAGUGGACAAACGGAAACAUCCUCGUGACUGACAUGGAAGGAGUGGGCUGGAAGAUGACCAACGUGCGGAUCGCUACCAACCUGAAAGGGUACCAGGGGCUGAAGGAAAGCUGCUUCCCCUCCUUGCUGGAGCAAUUCGCGGCCGCUCACCAGUGUAACCAUUACUGCAGCAUCCUGGGCCUGAAGACGCUGGAGCCAGCCAAGCCCAAGGGCUCCAAGAGCCCCUCCAUGGGUAGGAAAUCUGCCCAGUCCAGCCCCCAGCUCCAGAAGAAGGGGCUGGCAAGUCCCCAGGGUACCCGCAAGGCUGCCGUGAGCCCCAAGAGCUCCUGGAGAGCUGCAGAAACAGGGGAGGCCCCAGCAGCCUCCAAACCUGGGUCAGGAGAGAGUGGCAGGUCUGGCUGCCCGCAGUAGCUGGAGCCGCCGCAGCUGGGACCCCCCGCUCCGGACCCCAGCCCGAGCAGCCCGGAGGCAGCGCGCGACCAGGCUGGGA